CCGCCGCUAUUGCGACGCAGCUCGUCACUUAAUACUCUCCCGUCGCCAAUGGGUUCCGAUGAUGAGCAUGGUGUUGGUGACGACGAGGGCCUGUCCGAUGACCAGAGUGGGUUCCCUCGGCCCACGCGGUUAGAUUACACAUACAGUGACCUAUACGCAGACUUCGGUUCUCUGCCGGAGCGCUCCUAUGCACGUGAGAUGGUAUCGCUGGGGUUGCUGACCUUUGUGGAACGGUUCCUGACAGUCAUCUGUGUGACUGUGCCUGAGAGCAUCAUGCACCAUUUUCAGUGGGUCAACAAAGUGGUCUCGUGGAUAUGCGUAAUCUUCGUGCUGCAAGUGAUCGGGGUACUGUGGGCGUUCAACAUUAACGUCAUCAGCAACCUAGCUCUGAUGGCCGGAGGCUCUGUGGGU